AUGGGAACCAGAAUACUGUGGUCCUUGGUGAUCAGUGAGCAACUGGAGCAGGAAGACGACGCUGCGGCAGCUGCGGACCAGAGCGAUACUAGACCCAGCUCCCUUGGAACAUUUCAGCAAUCAUUAAUGGCAAAAGCAGCUACCACCCAUAAGUUCAGAAAAUGGAGAUUUCCUGCAAGAUGUAGAUACUGUGAACGCAUUGUCAUAUUUCGAGGUUUUAAAUGCGAAGAGUGUCUUCUUGUCUGCCAUAAAAAAUGCAUGGCAAACUUAACCAUCGUUUGCGGACAUCGGAAACGGGGGAAAAUACAUUUAUUCGGAGAAGAAUUGUCCUGUGUUGCCAAAAAGGAGCCGGAUGGCAUUCCUUUCAUAAUCAAAAUGUGUACUUUAGAAAUUGAAAAGACUGCCUUGUGUUUACAAGGAAUUUAUCGAGUCAGUGGCAACAAGGCAAAAAUCGCAAUACUGUGUCAAGCUCUGGAAAACGGAAGGCAUUUAGUAGAUCUAUCCGAAUUUUCUUCACAUGACAUCUGUGAAGUGUUAAAAUUUUACCUUCAACAGAUCAGUAGAAACAUUGAAAUUCAUUAUGGCAGUGGAUAUUUGUUUUUAAAACUUUUCUUGUAUCAAUGGGAUAUCCACACUGCAGAUAUUGAAAUUAAAAAUUAUGAAUUGGCUACAUCAUUUGAGGAAUCAGAAUGCAAGCAAAAUGCAUUGGAAAAAUGGGAUGCAUGUCUCAUUGAUCACAAAGAACUUGAAUCAUCAUCACAAAAGAUGGACACUAUGUGUAAAACCACGAAACCACUUAGUCUGAAAUCUGAUGUGAAAACAAAUGAUAUACAGAGGCCUAUGCCAAGCCCCAAGAUCAGAUGUUUCUGUUUGCCUGUAGAUAGGUUCCAUCUUGCAAGCUCUCCUAAUGAGAAAAACAGCAGAAAUGUGGGAAAUGUCAAUUCAGACAAGUUUUGCCAGAAUCUUACCUUUGAAGGGCUUAAUAGAAAAGAUACCCCUACUAGUUUUGGCUCCCAAAUUAAUGGUUUUGAUCAGCAGAUUCCACAAAAAACUCAGGGACAACAAUGUGAACCAACUCAGAGACAACAAUGUGAACCAAAGAACUUAACUGGCACGAGUGCAGUGAUUGUGCCAAGUGUACUCCAGGAAAAAGUGACAAUGAGCAUCAAGGUUAGUGGUGACCAUUCCAACGGUGCCACACAGCCCAACACACCAGCCAGUUCAGCAAGAGAGACACCAGUGAGACUGUCCUCUCAUUCUCACCGUCUUGCUCCUGCAAGAGCACCCAGAAUACUGCAGCCCCAUCUCGGGACAACAUUUUACAAACCACCUACCCCGACCAGCAAAGUGAGGGGGACUGAGGAGAGACCAGCUUCACCUUCAGAUGCAGUGCCUCAUAGCACGGCUCUUAAUCCCCUGAGUCAUGUGGAUAAAUCUGUUCCAGAGGCAGACAGCACAUUAGCUUAUGCUUUGAAGCCAGCUGCUGAGCCUAAAGAGAACUCUGAGGAGCUCGGCCUACCUGACAUGAAUCCAAUGUGUCAGGGACUCAGGCUAAAACAAAUGGAAGAGUUACAAGACCUUGAAUUUGAAAUGCCACAGUUUGUGUAG